UGGAGGGGGCGGCCCCGCGUCCGCGUCACGUGGUACGAGGCGGGCAGCCAUCUUGCUACAAACACAAACAGAGAGGAGCGGCCGCCCCGGGAGCGCCAGCGCCCCCCAGUUUCCCUCCCCAGCCGCCGCCGCCGCUACCACCACCACCACCACCACCACCACCACCCCGGCCCGCCGCGCGCCACUCGCCCAUCGUCGUCACCAUCACCACGCCCGGGGCGCCAGCACACCCUGGGGUAUCGGGAUCCUCCGUACCCCUCCCCGAUUCCUGGAGUCCUGCUGCAGAUGGGCAUUGUAGAGGCGCACCUGUCUGUCCUUCCUCCCAGCCAGUGACGGAAGCCCACGCACACCCCCUAGAUACUACCCACCAUCCUUCUCUGCUCCUACCCCUCUCAGAUGAACCCUGUCCUGAGAGUCCCUUCCCCGGGCCCUUAGGAGAUCCUGUCUUUGCUGCUGCCACCUCUGCCUCUUGUCAGCCUCAGUGACCCUGAACUUGCCUCCUUUACGGAUCUUUUCCAGAUGUGAGUGUCCCUCCCAGGUGCUGCUGAGGCCAGACCAGGAGCCAGUGACUUGAGAACUCUAGUUCACUCCAGUCCAGGUCCUACACAGAGGAAGCCUAGCCCCCAUUGCUUCCCAGGGCAGGACUACCAGGUCUGUCCCCUGCCCCGACUCGACUUUGGUUAACUCAUGGUGCGAGUGGUCACGUGGCUAGUGUAGGUGUUUGGACAGUACAGGCCGGGUCCCCCUCUUCCAUUCAUCCCUGACUUCCAGGAAGCACCCCCUCCAAUCCACGAUGGCUGCAGAGACACUCAACUUUGGGCCUGAGUGGCUGAGGGCUCUUUCCAGUGGUGGUAGUGUGGCCUCCCCACCUCCAUCCCCUGCCAUGCCCAAAUAUAAGCUGGCCGACUACCGCUAUGGGCGAGAGGAGAUGCUGGCUCUCUAUGUCAAAGAGAACAAGGUCCCCGAAGAGCUACAAGACAAGGAAUUCGUGGCUGUGUUGCAAGAGGAGCCUCUACAGCCCCUGGCCCUGGAACCUCUGACAGAGGAGGAGCAGAGAAACUUCUCCCUGUCAGUGAACAGCGUGGCUGUGUUGAGGCUGAUGGGCAAAGGGGCUGUGCCUCCCCCAACAGCCACCUCCCGUGGCAGGGGCAGCACACGGAGCCGAGAUGUGUCCCAUCCUCCAGGCCGUGGGCGUGGUGACAGCUGUUUUUACCAGAGAAGCAUUGAAGAAGGUGAUGGGGCCUUUGGACGCAACCCCCGGGAGAUUCAGCGCAGCCAGAGCUGGGAUGACAGAGGUGAAAGGCGGUUUGAGAAAUCUGCAAGAAGGGAUGGAGCACGGGCUGGGUUUGAGGAGGGAGGCGCUGGCCCAAGGAAGGAGCAUGCACGCUCAGACAGUGAGAACUGGCGCUCACUAAGAGAGGAACAAGAAGAGGAGGAGGAGGGCAGCUGGAGACUAGGGGCAGGACCUCGGCGAGAUGGUGAUCGCUGGCGCUCCUCCAGCCCCGAUGGUGGCCCCCGUUCUGCUGGCUGGCGGGAACAUGGGGAGCGGAGGCGAAAAUUUGAUUUUGAUUUGCGAGGGGAACGUAGCGGGUGUGGUGAAGAGGACGGGCGGGGUGGGGGAGGCAACUCUCACCUCCGGAGGUGCCGUGGGCUCGAUGGCUUUGAGGAUGACAAGGAUGGGCUCCCGGAAUGGUGCUUGGACGAUGAAGACGAAGAAAUGGGCACUUUUGAUGCCUCUGGAGCCUUCCUGCCUCUCAAGAAGGGCCCCAAGGAACCCAUUCCUGAGGAGCAAGAGCUUGACUUCCAGGGCCUGGAGGAAGAAGAGGAGGAACCUUCAGAAGGACUGGAUGAAGAGGGGCCUGAGGCAGGUGGAAAGGAGCUGACCCCAUUACCACCUCCAGAGGACAAGUCUAAUUCCCCAUCCCCACUGCCUGCCUUGGGCCCUCUCUGGACGACAAAUGGGGAUGGUGACGAAACAGUGGAGAAAGAGCUGCCUGUAACUGAAGGAGAUGAGAUGAGGGCACUCCCGCUGAGUCCUGGGGUCGGCUCACCCCCUGGCCCACCUGUAGAUCUAGAAGAUGAAGAAGGCUUGAAGCACCUGCAACAGGAGGCAGAGAAGCUGGUGGCAUCCCUGCAGGACAGCUCCCUGGAGGAGGAACAGUUCACUGCUGCCAUGCAGACCCAGGGCCUGCGCCACUCCACAGCUUCCACUGCCCUUCCCCUCAGCCAUGGAGCUGCCCGAAAAUGGUUCUACAAGGACCCGCAAGGGGAGAUCCAAGGCCCUUUCACAACCCAAGAGAUGGCAGAAUGGUUCCAGGCCGGCUACUUCUCCAUGUCCCUCUUGGUGAAGCGGGGCUGUGAUGAGGGUUUCCAGCCGCUGGGAGAGGUGAUCAAGAUGUGGGGCCGUGUGCCCUUUGCCCCCGGGCCUUCGCCACCCCCGUUGCUGGGGAACAUGGAUCAGGAGCGGCUGAAGAAGCAGCAGGAGCUGGCUGCGGCGGCCUUGUACCAGCAGCUGCAACAUCAGCAUUUUCUUCAGCUGGUCGGCAGCCGCCAGCUCCCGCAGUGUACACUCCGGGAAAAGGCAGCUAUGGGGGACCUGACGACACCGCCGACGCCGCAGCCGCAGCAGCAGCAGCAGCAGCAGCAGCAACAGCAGCAACAGCUUACUACGUUCCUGCAGCAGCUCCAGGCUCUCAAAACCCCCAGAGGUGGGGACCAGAACCUGCUCCCGACGAUGAGCCGGUCCUUGUCGGUGCCAGAUUCAGGCCCCCUUUGGGACUUACAUACCUCAGCCUCAUCACAGUCAGGUGGUGAGGCCAGUCUUUGGGACAUACCAAUUAACUCUUCGACUCAGGGUCCAAUUCUCGAACAACUCCAGCUGCAUAAAUUCCAAGAGCGCAGAGAAGUGGAGCUCAGGGCCAAGCGGGAGGAGGAGGAGCGCAAGCGCCGUGAGGAGAAGCGCCGCCAGCAGCAGCAGGAGGAGCAGAAGCGGAGGCAGGAGGAGGAGGAGCUCUUUCGGAGGAAGCAGGUGCGACAGCAGGAGCUGCUAUUAAAGCUGCUGCAGCAGCAGCAGGCAGCGAAUGUCCCCAUGCCCCCUGCCCCCAGCUCCCCACCCCCACUUUGGGCUGGCCUGGCCAAGCAAGGCCUGUCCAUGAAGACGCUUCUGGAACUGCAGCUGGAGAGUGAGCGACAGCUGCACAAGCAGCCUGCACCCCGGGAAUCGUUGAGGGCCCAGGCCUCCAACCACCGUGUGCAGCUUGGGGGCUUGGGCACUGCCCCUCUGAACCAGUGGGUGUCGGAGGCCGGUCCUCUGUGGGGAGGGCCUGACAAGAGUGGGGGCGGUAGCAGUGGCAGCCUGGGGCUCUGGGAGGACACCCUGAAGAGUGGCGGGAGCUUGGCCCGAAGCCUGGGCCUGAAGAACAGCCGGAGCAGCCCAUCUCUCAGUGACUCAUACAGCCACCUGUCUGGUCGACCUGUUCGCAAAAAGACGGAAGAGGAAGAAAAACUGCUAAAGUUGCUGCAGGGCAUCCCCCGGCCGCAGGAUGGCUUCACCCAGUGGUGUGAGCAGAUGCUACACACCCUGAGCACCACGGGCAGCCUGGACGUGCCCAUGGCUGUAGCGAUCCUCAAGGAGGUGGAGUCUCCCUAUGACGUCCAUGAUUAUAUCCGUUCCUGCCUGGGGGACACGCUGGAAGCCAAAGAAUUUGCCAAACAGUUCCUGGAGCGGAGGGCCAAGCAGAAAGCCAGCCAGCAACGGCAGCAGCAGCAGGAGGCCUGGCUCAGUACCACCUCCCUUCAGACAGCCUUUCAGGCCAACCACAGCACCAAACUUGGCCCUGGGGAGGGCAGCAAGGCCAAGAGGCGGGCGCUGAUGCUGCAUUCAGACCCCAGCAUCUUGGGGUACUCCCUGCACGGCCCUUCUGGUGAGAUCGAGAGCGUGGAUGACUACUGACCAGCCUGUCCUACCAGCCCCCUGGGCUUUCAGACCAGGGCAGCAGCAGCUUGGACCCUCAGGUCCCCAGCUUGCAGGCUCCCAGCCAGGAGCGGAGGAGAAAGCGGGGCAGGGUCCCCAGCACUUGCUACAAACCACACGAUGCACCUUAACUCACCCACCACGAGGCACUUUACAGAUGGGAGGGACUCUUUCUUUUUUCUCUUUAAUUUUAAACGUUAGGAGAGACAAAAGUAUCAUUCAGAAACUAGACUGUAGACCCCUUUCCCCUAUUGGGGGUAAUGGGUGAUGAUAGAAGGUCCACAGAGGGGGUUUUUGUUUGUUUUUCGGUUUUGUUUUUUAAGAAAAAUAAGAAAAAUAAUGAAAAAAAGUUAGGAGGCUGAAAAGAAAAAAACACUGUUAUUUUGGGGCAGUGGGUACCAGGCCCCAUGGACCUGUCCUGCCCAGCCUUCCCCCCCCCUCCC